AUGGAACCGAUAAUUACAGGAGAUCUGAGGAUUGUUUUGUUGGGAAUGACUGGAGCUGGAAAGAGCGCCACUGGAAACACUAUCCUGGGCAGAGAUGAGUUUAAAGUGGAUUUCAAUCCAGAGUCGGUUACUCAACAAUCUGAGAAAAAAGAGACAAGAAAGGGUAGAAGAAUCAUAUCAAUAAUUGACACGCCAGGACUCCAGGAUUCAAAAAGAAAGGAAAGUGAAGUGCAGGCUGAAAUAAAGAAGUGUAUGGACAUGUCCUCUCCUGGCCCAAAUGUGUUCCUGCUGGUCAUCAGACUGGACGAAAAAUACACAGAGGAAAAGAUGAACACAGUGAAAUGGAUUCAGGAGAACUUUGGAGAAGAAGCUGCUCGCUUCACCAUCGUUCUCUUCACUCACGCAGAUUCACUGGGGAAGAAAUCACUGAAAGAUCAGAUAAAAGACAGUCCAGAUCUACGACAGCUAAUAAUCAGCUGUGGUGGCAGAUAUCAUGCAGUCAACAAUGAGGACAAAAUCAAUCAAGCUCAAGUCAACGAGCUGCUGUUGAAGACGGAUAAAAUGGUGCUUAGAAAUGAAGGGAAGCCAUACACUAAUGCAAUGUUCUGUAAAGCCCAGGCAAGGCGUAACUGGUGGAAAGCAGCAGAAGCAGCAAUAGCUGUAGUGGUAGUAGCAGUGGUAGCUCUGGUAGCUGCAGAAGGAAAUUUGAUCUAA